GUGUGUGCUGAGUGAUUGUUAUAAACAUAAAAGACCCUGAGAUUGCCGCGAUCAAGACGUGUAAAAAAUAAAACAAACAUGUAGGUACCUACCUAAGCUAUGUCAGGUACAAGUGUUUUACUUAGAUAUGUGUAGAUUCAUAGAGACUGCUAUACAGACACGCCAGUCGAUAGCCAAAUGCGCUUAGAGCACAAGCAGUCAGAGCAACACAGUGAUUAUGAUAAUUAUAUAAUACUUAGUUACGUAUUUUUGUAUUUGGCCUUGUUCAGUUAAAAAAAAAACAAGUUGAUAUCCUAGUCCGCUCUUAAACGGCGCGCGGCAAGCACGACAUUGCGUGUGUACUUUAAGAUAGCAAAAUUAUUGUUCUGUAUUAUUUGUAUUUUUUCCUGUGACAACUUCAACUCAAUAUUAUCUGACUAUUAACGUGUCUAUUCGCAUUAUAUUCCAUAUAAUAUCGUUCAUUCGGAGUGUCGUGACGGUGUUUAGGUGUGUUAUCAAAUCUGUGUUGAUAAAAUGUGAUCACAGAGCGGAGGUGUGCAUGUAAUAUCAUUUUUAACUUGGAAAAUGGAAGUGAGCAAAUAUUUGAAAAAGUUUAAGUUGUUAUUGGACUAUGUGUUUGAAGGAAAAGUUGUGCUAAAUGAGAAUACCACGGAAAAACUAUUGAAACUUCUGGAAGAUCGCAGUGAUAAUAGUCCCGGCAAGCUUGUAUUGGAUACGCCUUGCUUCUCAGAUCUCAUAUUUAAUUCACUCGAGAGCAUACACAAUGCCACGACAUCAGUCAAAAUAUUCCUCUUUGAAAUCAUUACGAUACUCUUCAAAAAUGAGCUUCAGUUUGCCAAAAUACAUAGUUCGAUUUUCACAUGCAUUCUCGCCAACUUGAGCACUAAAAAUCGAGGGCUUAAUUUGGCUUGCAUAAAAUUGGCAACGGUGCAGAUAACGCAUCUCUCUGGACUGAAACUACUCCUUGAACAUAAAGUUUGGCAGUACAUACUAACUGAAAACACCCACCGGGCACCUACCAAAAUAGCUAAUGCUUCUUAUAACUUCAUAGCCAAAUUGAUUUUGGAGUUGAACGAGUACGAAAUGGAAGCAGAACUGUCAGAAGUACUGGAUUACGUCGUCAAACCUAUAAUAUCGAGCGCAUAUCAGACAGUGAAAAUUAUAGACAACGAGACGGACACAAUACUCUCAGAAAAAAUAUAUUCCCAUAUGUACGCGCUGCUAAACGUACUGAAGACUAUGGAAGACAUUCCGGUAAACCACGUGAUAAAAAUGUUAAGAUCGUAUUUCUUAGUAGAGCGCUCUAUAUUUGUUAUAUGGAAAGUAACUAGAUAUCCGAAUUUAUUGAAAUUAGCAAAUGAUAUAAUAUUUAUAUUCUAUUACAGUUCUCAUAGACACAAUCUCUUCAAUGGUAAAACACAAGAAUUUUGUAAUGAAUUGGUAGUCUUCUAUCACAACUGCGUACAACGUUGCAUUAAAAAACGAGAAAUGUCAGUUCUCAUAGACUAUUGCAUUAAGUGUAACAUAUUCUGGUCCAAAUUCGAGAAGACUUACAAAGACAAAAUAUCAUUCCCACUUUACUUUGAAAGAAACGGAAUCAAAUUCCAAGUGUCCGAUCAAGUAUUUGUGUUUUUGGUCCAGCCCUUAUUGAUGUGUGCAAUUGAAAUCAAACCCGGUCGGACGGACGCUGAAAAACAAGAAUUUAUAGAAAAACUUCUAACAAAAAUUGGAAGAACUUUAGCGGAGCAUAUAUUCACACUAUGCUAUACGUACAAGCCCGUUAUAGAAACCCAAGAUUUGACAGAAACCGCUAUUUCGACCAUCAGAGAGAUGUCCAGAUUGAAGGACUAUCUCACGCAGACACAGGCAGGCCUGUAUUUUAUAGGUCUGUAUCACAUAUUGGAUAUUUACAUAUUAUUGGACGGAGCCGGUGGACUCAUUGUGAACGACAAUCCCAUAAAGACUCCGAACGAUAUGAGACUAUUAUCACUAGUUCUAGAUGCGAUACGAAUGUUGCUGAAGGAUUACAACAUAUCGUGGUACGAAAACGUCGAGAUAGCGAGUCUGCAAGAGGGUCUCAUGAAUUUGCUCAAGCAAGACAUCUUGAAUAUAAAGCAAAUAGUACAAGUGUUAGAUCUGAUAGACCUUUGCAUGAAGAAGUUCCUGUCCCCGAACAUGACGCUGCUGGUGGAAAGCAGGCAGGAGAGCACAUUGACUGUGAUAGGAGCGGUCAUGAAGACAUACAUGCAUCACGAUGACUGGGAGGUACGGGACUCGGCUUUGAACCUACUACUAAGCUGUACGGAUCUCUCUUUUAUUAAAUACAUACCCCUGCAGAAGGUGAUAAGUGAGAACAACCUGAUGAUCUACGCAGCGAAGGCCGCGCUCACAGACCCGGAGUACUACGUGCAGUCUACCGGCCUCAAGUGUUUGGCUGCAGCUACUAAAAUCGACUGCAUUUGGAAAGAGGUGCUCAUCGAUAAUCCACAUAUCUAUUUCCAACUGGUCUACAUAUUAAGAAACAACCCAGAAGGAAUGGUGCGGAAAGAAGCAACGAAAGUGCUGACCAGUGCUUAUAAGAACCAAAAAUUGUCACCAACGUUCCAAUCAACAUUGUACGAGGUAAUGAUUUCAGCAGCAUUGGACGACCUGCACUGGGAGGUACAGUUGGCGGCACUACAGUUCUUCAAACAUGAGAUAGCCAAUCAACUAUCACACCGAGGAAUGAUAGACGGGAAGUUCCCAUCCGUCACCUUCUCAAAAGAAAAACGGAAGAUCAUAACGUUAAACGACAGAGAAAUCCUUCGACAACUCACAGCUAUAAUGCACACUCUAUCCUCAAUCGGCUGCCUCACAGUACUCUACGAAUGUAUGAACGAGAUGCAUCACCUAGAAGUCAUGGAACAGGCUUACAUCAUGGCUACCGAACUAAUACAAAUACUAGAUCAAUACAAAUUCGUCAGAAUCAUUGACAAUGCUCUCACUUACCCCAUGGGUCCGAAGAACGACGAUCAUGAUGAAGAAAUGGCUCUAGAUUUGACUAGAGCAAAUAAUGCUGAAGCCAGAGAAAAAGUUAUAGAUCGCAUAGUCAAUACUGAUCAAAGUGAACUCAUAAUGAUUCUACAUGAUAAUAGUUUUCAAACUAAAUCGAAUGAAAUGGAAGAAGAUUACAAUGUGUUCGUACAACGUAAAGAAAUCAUACAUCCAAACAAAUUCCUCGAAACAUUCAAAGGUACGAAUUUCCGUGCAAUAAUUAAAGAAAAGAAGAAAUGGAAUUCAGAUGUUAACCAUAACUUAGAUGGACUGCUAGAUGAAAUUUUAGACAUAUAAGUUCUAGAUGUAAGCUCGUCAAGUAUUGUUUAAGUCCCAAAUGAUCUAAGUAUUUUGAUUCGUAUUACUUAUAUUAAGUUGUAAAUAAAAACAAAGUGAUUUUAAGAAAAUAUAAUGUUUACGCUUAC